AUCUCAGACUAGUAGGUAUUUCCAGGGACAGAAUACCCAGAAUUAUACUGUGAUGGUAUGCUAAGUGGAAGUAUCUUUUUACUAACAGUACAUUUGUGCGCUGCUCAAUACUAAGGUAAUUUUUAGCCUCACCUGCCGAAGAAUACCAGCAUAAAAACUUUCCCAAGGCUGACCCGCAUACCUAUUCGAACUUCUUACUUUUCCCGGUCUGACCAGAAUUAUGAGUUGCUUGACAACUAUCUGUUAGACAGGGACCGGCCUAGGUAGAUCAUGACAAGCUGGCUCCUCGGCCGGCCCUCUGGACUACCACGAUUUGCGCCUUAUCUCCUUACCCUUCGACGAUGUGCAAGCAACGGAAACCCGUACGGAAAUAUAAGCCCAGAGGGGAUUCUUCUGUCGGGGGAAAUUGGUGCGGGUGAACCAGUCCGCUCAGUAUCCAGAAAAUACCAGAUUUCUCUUCCUCACCCACGCGUCUUCCGCCACAUACCGAUGGCUCAGAUGAAGAUAAAGGACAAUCCAUGCAAGCUGAGUAUACAAUACGCCCAAUGCCACGUUUUCGAUGAGGCUUCGACCAAGUACCUCGACAAAUAUGAACAUCCAUUUGCGAAAUCGGUCCUGAAUAUGUACAUCAAAAAGAAGGAGACUCCUCUAUGGCAUAAGGUGUUUGCUCGCCCCGAGGCCAAACCAUUUCCGUGUAGAGUUGCGACGAAGAGAAUUCGACACGCAUUCUUAGACGCAUUGGCAUACCAUGGAUAUGAUCGAGAUGGCAGAAAGAUCACGAAAGAUAAUUCGAGUGUAAUUGCGGCCUUGCACGGGACUGUGAAGUUGGUUUGCGGAGAUCCGAAGGCCGCCUGCAAUAUCAAGUUCGCGGAUCUCUUGGAGCAGGCCAAACUGGUAGUGGCCGGGAUUGAACCAAUGCUCGCGAGGGACAAGAAUGGGCAAUAUAUCAUAGCCCCCCGACAACAAACCAGAAACCCAAACAAUAAGUCGAACAAGUCGAACAGGUCGUAUGAUAAUAACAACACAGGCACGCGCUCUGGCACACGACCAGCACGGCGUUACUAGCACUCCUGUUAGAUGAUUCAUAUACUCACAAUAUAAUCAUAUGGAACUUAUAAUAUCCGUGUACAAUGCGCGUACUAUAUGGGAAUCUGAGUAGAGGCAAUGCUGUAGUAUAGAAAUACAUAUGUAUGAAUGCAGUUGUAGCUGUAUGCAUCGAUUCCGUGCUACGGGAUAUGGAUUGGAUAUGACGCUGGAUGGAUCUCAAUAUAAGUACCUCGGUACCUAGUCUAAGGGUUUACCUAGCGUACCCAUGGUAGUCACAAUCGUCCUCUUCUGAAAUGUGGUUACUCUGGGAAAGGAGACAUUACAAGAUCGCCUGUUUUAUGGUUUAUUAUACAUCUAGAUACAUAGUGCCUACCUAAUUAUUUGCAUAAGAGUUUGCGGGGUGGUGGAAGUACCGAUGUGUCGACGCUUCCCUAGCAGAUUCGAUACGUAACACGUGGGAUAAUUUCCUGAGACGCGAAAUCGAAUCGCCGCC